CUUUGAACAGGAGACGCAAAAACCGCCUCGUCCUUGUCUUGUUGCUGUGACUUGUAGACGCACCCAUUUCUACUUGUUCAAAUACACCAAUAUGACUUUUAAAAAGAGAUUUGUGGUCCUCUUCCUCAGCGUGCAAGUGGUCCUCAGUGCUGAUUGGUGGGGGAUUUGUACUCCCACUGAGAUCUGUGCCCUGGAAGGAACAACAGUGGAGCUUCAGUGCUCCUUCACCUACCCGCCCACACAAGACGGGCGUGAGACAAGCGUUGAGAAAAGAGUGUGGUUCAUCAACGGUCAAAAUAAUCACCCUGAAGAUCUGAUGUUGGACCCUGAGUACUUUGGUCGUUUACAGUCUGACUGUCAUGGCGACCGCUGCAAUCUGACCAUCGCAGACCUGAGACAGAGCGCCGUGUACAAGUUCAGAUUCACAACUAACCAUCCGAUCAAAGGAAGCUACACCAUCCUGCCUGGAGUCAAUGUGACUGUCACUGAUCUCAGGGUACAAGUGUUCCCUGGUUAUUCCCGGAAAGAUAUGAAGUGUCUGAGCAGAUGCAGUGCUUGGCCUGCUUCCUCAUACAUCUGGUAUAGGAAUGGAGAGGAAAUCCAAAAUGCAAACUCCCAAGAAUACUCAGUAGAAUAUUACUCUAAGGACAGCUAUUCCUGUGCCGUAAGAGGACACGAGCAUGCUGCGUCUCCUCCAGUGUGUGUGUACGGCUCAUGUCACCAGGUGGUUUACGACAAGAGACGCAUCUGUGCCCUCGAGGGCUCAUCGGUGGACAUUACAUGCUCAUACAGUAGUGGUGGAUACAUCAUGUCAAAGUUCUGGUUCAGACCAGAUCGUAGUCACAUGUGGAAAAAUCCUUCCAUACCUGAGGAUCUCAUGUCAGACCCCCAGUAUGCGGGUCGUCUUCAGUUCCUUUCAGUGCCGUAUGGACGAUGGACGCUGAAAAUCAAAAAUGUGAAGGCGAGUGAUUCCGCCCAGUAUCGCUUCAAAUUCACAAUAUAUGGUUUGGAAUGGAGGAGUAUUUUACCUGGAAGCAUUUUGACAGUAACAGCCGUGCAAGUGCAGGUGAUGGCGGUCAGAGUUGAACCUUCUCAUGUUGUUGCACAGCUGGUGUGUCACACACAAUGCCGUCCAGAACAUCCUAUGUCUUUUGAGUGGUGGCAGAAUGGAGAGAAGAAGUUUACGGCUGCUGCUGGACCGAAACUAGAAGUCAGCUUAUAUCCUGGAGAAUACGUCACGUGUGCCGGAAAUAGCAUCAACUCCCCUCGCCUGUAUGCUCUGAGCCGUCCCUCAGUGUAUUUGAGUGAUGCUGCUGAGAUAUUGGAGGGACGUCCACUGACUCUGAACUGCAGCACCAAUGUCUCAGCAUCACCUAAACACCGCUGGUACAAGAAGAGACAUUCAAAUGAUGAAGUCCUCGGUGAAGACCCAGAGCUUGUCUUCAACUCCAUCAAGUCUUCAGACUCAGCAGAGUAUUGGUGUACUGUGGAGAACCAGCUGGGGAAGAAGACAUCGGAAACCGUCUUCAUAGAUGUCCAAUAUGCUCCAAGGUCAUCCUUAUUGUUCGUGAAUCCAUCUAAUGUCACCGAGGAGGGACAGUUUGUGACUCUGACCUGCAGCAGUGAUGCUAACCCAGCCUCUAGCUACACCUGGUACAAGGACAACCGAAUUCUGACCCAAAAAGCUCAAAAAUAUUCCUUCAUUUCCAUCCGCCCUAAAGAUGCUGGAACGUUCUGCUGCGAGUCUGUGAAUAAAUAUGGACGUUUCAACUCUUCCUCAGUCUUCAUAGACGUGCAGUAUGCUCCUAAGUUUUGCUUGGUCUCAGUGGGAACCUCCUGUGAAGUACGCAAGGGUGCUUCAGUCAAUCUGACUUGUAGCAGCGAUGCAAACCCGGAGGCUAAGUACAUGUGGUUCAAGACGAAUGGUGACUUGAAGGUAUCAUCUGAGAGUAUCAUGAACCUCACCAACGUUCAGCCCAGCGCCAGUGGCGAAUACUACUGUGUGGCUUCCAACAGCAGAGGGCGCUGUAAUGCUACAGUGUGGCUCCAAGUGGAGGCUAGUCCCAUGAUGGCAGCAGCUUUUGGUGGCUCAGUCGCUGUCGUUGUUCUGGUGGUCCUGGCUCUCGCUGCCUUCUUGGUGUUGAGGAAAAAGAGCCCAUCAAACAAGUGCAGAGAGAGUUCAGAGUCCAAAGCACAGUCCGACGGGGCUCCAAAUUGUGGCAACACUUCAAGCAAGGAGGAGGAGGACCUGGUCUAUUCCAAGGUCAGCUUCACCAAAUCCCCUGAUGGUCCUAUCUACUCCAAUGUCACGCCAGCUCCCCACAGACGCUUGAUGCACGUGGAGGAGGACGAAGUGGAGUACACCACAGUUAAAAGUGCCGACCAUGUCUCAGGGUUGAAGCCUCAAGAGGGCGCUGAUGUGAGUGAGCUGUACAGCACAGUACAGAAACACCACAACUGAUGACGACGGCCAACGUCGCAGGGGCGGAGACCUCCACGCUAGCGUGACACAAACACGAGACGCUAAAAUAUUGCUGAAUUUAAACAGAUUGCUGAAUAAAACAGAAUUGUGGACACAGGUACAUCUCAAUAAAUUUUAAGUGUUCAUUUCUUUCAUGAGUUCAAUUCAAAAAGUGAAAUAUUUCAAGAAUGUAUUUCUCAUUUCUUAAUAAUUUCGAUUAUUAUACACAUAAAAAAACAAAUGCAGUAUGUCAAAUUGUGAAAAAUUGUCCAAAGAAUUUUAUAAAAAAUACUGUAUCAAUAUUAUCAGUGAAGCAUAAAAUAUGAAUAUGUAAAAAACGAGUUUACCUGUAUUAUCAUGUAUUUCCAAAUAAUUUUCAACUUAUGGUGAACGAGAUGUGUUUUCUGUCGAAAAAGAAAAAAACAAU